CAUCUUCCCAACAACUCAUACUAGUGACAUUCAAAUUAGCUAUUAGUUAGACGAACCAAAAGAAAAUCACACGUUUAAUGAACCGGUUUUUCGAUCUCCUCAAUUCUAUAUAUAUAAUGUCAGUAUCCAUCAACUUUCAUCUUCAUAGUUCUCCCCCUCUUUCAUUUAACAUCGGCCCUUAAUCCUCCUACCCCUGAUAAACCAAAACAAGCCUACAUCAAUGGCUUCAGAAAGAGGAGAGAAACAGGAAACCUGUCAUGGCAAAGUACCGUUAACUAGAUCAAAGCUGGAUUUGGUCCUUCUCUUGCUGAGAUUGCUUGCAUUUUUGGCAACACUAUCAGCUAUGGUUGUAAUGGCGCUUAACAAGCAAACGAAAACCAUAGUUGUUGCUACGAUUGGAACUGUCCCCAUAAGAGCCACUCUCACUGCCAAGUUUCAACACACUCCUGCUUUUGUGUUCUUUGUGAUUGCAAAUGGCAAUGCUAGCCUCCACAACUUGCUGAUGCUGGUAGUUGGGUUUAUGGGACCCAAGUGGAAUUUUAAGGGACUUGCUCACUUGGCAAUUCCAGUCUUGGACUUGAUGAACGUGGCUAUCGUUUCCGGCGGCGCAAGCGCGGCGGCGUUCAUGGGGCAGCUGGGCAGGGAUGGGAAUUCUCACGCGAGGUGGAACAAAAUCUGCGACAAAUUCGACAGCUUCUGCGACCAAGGUGGGGGCGCCAUGAUUGCUUCCUUCGUCGGGCUAAUGCUGAUGACCGUUAUCUGCUCUGUUUCCAUAAUCAGGCUUCGCAAUCAUAAUGGCAACAAGAUCAUCCUAGACUCUUCUGUUGUUGUUCCUUGAUAUAAUUGUCAUGUUUCUAGCCAGUUGCUCCGCUUGAUGCCUUGUCUUUGAUGUCAAACAUGUACUGUGAUUGUGAAGUUUCUGAAUGAUAUUACUGAAAAGCUGCAAUUCUUAAAUCGUUGUUUUAUUUUGUGAUGUAAAUGUAAUCGCACUUGGUUAUAGUAAA